AUCCUGGUCACCGACCGCCUACAGGUCAAGUUGUCCGGUGAGUUAUCAUUCACAUGUCAGUCGUCUGCUUAUCUUGAUACACUCGUCUAUCAACGUUGGAAGCGGUGAUUAUCAUGCUGUGCUUCUGCUUAUCUUGUUGUUGCUGGAGCUGCAGGGCUCUUUGACCAUCAAAAGUAAACGUUUAAAGCAUAAGAUUGGCUGAGAAAAUAACCAGAUUUAAAAAAUAAAAAAAAUUAAAUCAAAAGGCAACACCCUGGAAACGUUAAAACUCUACACCCCCACCCAGUUUACACUUCUAUACCCCCACCCCAUUUACACUUCUAUACCUCCACCCAGUUUACACUUCUAUACCUCCACCCCAUUUACACUUCUAUACCUCCAUCCAGUUAACACUUCUAUGCAUCCAUCCCAUUUACACUUCUAUACCUCCACCCAGUUUACACUUCUAUACCUCCACCCAGUUUACACUUCUAUACCUCCACCCAGUUUACACUUCUAUACCUCCACCCAGUUUACACUUCUAUACCUCCACCCAGUUUACACUUCUAUACCUCCACCCAGUUUACACUUCUAUACCUCCAUCCCAUUUACACUUCUAUACCCCCAUUUACACUUCUAUACCUCACCCAAUUUACACUUGUAUACCUCCAUCCCAUUUACACUUCUAUACCUCCACCCAUUUACACUUCUAUACCUCCACCCCAUUUAAACUUUUAUACCUCCACCCCAUUUACACUUUUGAAAAAAAAGACUUUAAAUACUUCUAUGUUGAAGCGAUGAAGAUUAAUCAUUUCAUUUUUUACAUGUUAAGAAAAGAAAUUGAAACGUAAAAUUGCGCACAUUGUUUCCAUGCGACGGCCAGGUUACGGUCCGGCCUGUCAACGUGUUCUUAUGACCUAUGACGCAAGCAAAGGUCGCCUGAAGCUGGGAGCUGGAGCCUACGACAUCUACACCCCACCCGAGCUCCUGAGCAAGGCAGCAUCUUGGACAAGGAGCUGCGACGUCUGGUCAAUGUAGGUCGUGGGAGUCAUUGUACUGUUCACUCAUCUAAAAAAAAAAAACAAGAUUGUAGGGGGUCACAAUCAACCACGUUUAGCCAGUCACAGGCAACCAUGUUUAUCCAGUCACAGACAUUUUUAGCCAGUCACAGUAAACCAUGUUUAGCUAGUCACAUAUAGGUUUAGAUAUGUUUAGCCAGUCAGAUAUGUUUAGCUAGUCACAGGCAACCAUGUUAAGCCAUUCACAGUAAAUCAUGUUUAGCCAUUCACAGUAAAUCAUGUUUAGCCAUUCACAGUAAAUCAUGUUUAGCCAUUCACAGUAAAUCAUGUUUAGUCAUUCACAGUAAAUCAUGUUUAGCCAUUCACAGUAUAUUAUGUUUAGCCAUUCACAGUAAAUCAUGUUUAGCCAUUCAAAGUAAAUCAUAUUUAGCCAUUCGCAGUAAAUCAUGUUUAGCUAUUCACAGUAAACCAUGUUUAGCCAGUCACAGCAAACCAUGUUUAGCAACUCCCUUUAAUAAUUUAAACAGAUCAAACUUAGUUGAUCAAUGUACAAUUGAUCUAUAAAGAUCUAUGUGAAGGGGGCACCUUCCCUUGGCGCCAUCUAUAGAGGGUGCCAAAAUCACAAUUUUUAUGCAAAUAGUGUGUACUUAUAUGUGUACUUAUAUAUCCGGGUUUUUUUUUGGAAGAUGUCCCCUUAUUCCAGGCUUUGUCCCCGGGGGAAGGGAAGCUUUUGCUUAACACGGCCCUCAUAAAGUAGAUCUGCCUACGGCCAGUAGCACGGCCUUGAUAAAGUAGAUCUACCUACUGACAGAUGCACGGGCCUGAUAAAGUAGAUCUGCCUACUACCAGUAACACGGCCCUGAUAAAGUAAAGUAGAUCUACCUACUGCCAGUAACACGGCCCUGGUAAAGUAGAUCUACCUACUACCAGUAACACGGCCCUGAUAAAGUGAAGUAGAUCUACCUACUGCCAGUAACACGGCUCUGAUAAAGUAGAUCUACCUACUGCCAGUAACACGGCUCUGAUAAAGAUGAUCUACCUACUGCCAGUAACACGGCCCUGAUAAAGUAGAUCUACCUACUGCCAGUAACACGGCCCUGAUGAAGUAGAUCUACCUACUGCCAGUAACACGGCCCUGAUAAGUAGAUCUUCCUACUACCAGUAACACGGCCCUGAUAAAGUAGAUUUACCUACUACCAGUAACACGGCCCUGAUAAAGUAGAUCUACCUACUACCAGUAACACGGCACUGAUAAAGUAGAUCUACCUACUACCAGUAACACGGCCCUGAUAAAGUAGAUCUACCUACUCCCAGUAACACGGCUCUGAUAAAGUAGAUCUACAUACUGCCAGUAACACGGCCCUGAUAAAGUAGAUCUACCUACUGCCAGUAACACGGCCCUGAUAAAGUAGAUCUACCUACUGCCAGUAACACGGCCGAGAUAAAGUAGAUCUACCUACUACCAGUAACACGGCCCUGAUAAAGUAGAUCUACCUACUGCCAGUAACACGGCCCUGAUAAAGUAGAUCUACCUACUACCAAUAACACGGCACUGAUAAAGUAGAUCUACCAACUACCAGUAACACGGCACUGAUAAAGUAGAUCUACCUACUGCCAGUAACACGGCCCUGAUAAAGUAGAUCUACCUACUCCCAGUAACACGGCUCGGAUAAAGUAGAUCUACCUACUGCCAGUAACACGGCCCUGAUAAAGUAGAACUUCCUACUGCCAGUAACACGGCCCUGAUAAAGUAGAUCUACCUACUGCCAGUAACACGGCCCUGAUAAAGUAGAUCUACCUACUACCAGUAACACGGCCCUGAUAAAGUAGAUCUACCUACUGCCAGUAACACGGCCCUGAUAAAGUAGAUCUACCUACUACCAGUAACACGGCACUGAUAAAGUAGAUCUACCUACUGCCAGUAACACGGCUCUGAUAAAGUAGAUCUACCUACUCCCAGUAACACGGCUCGGAUAAAGUAGAUCUACCUACUGCCAGUAACACGGCCCUGAUAAAGUAGAUCUACCUACUGCCAGUAACACGGCCCUGAUAAAGUAGAUCUACCUACUACCAGUAACACGGCCCUGAUAAAGUAGAUCUACCUACUACCAGUAACACGGCCCUGAUAAAGUAGAUCUACCUACUACCAGUAAAACGGCCCUGAUAAAGUAGAUCUACCUACAACCAGUAACACGGCCCUGAUAAAGUAGAUCUACCUACUACCAGUAACACAGCCCUGAUAAAGUAGAUCUACCUACUGCCAGUAACACGGCCCUGAUAAAGUAGAUCUACCUACUACCAGUAACACGGCCCUGAUAAAGUUGAUCUACCUACUACCAGUAACACGGCCCUGAUAAAGUAAAGUAGAUCUACCUACUACCAGUAACACUGCCCUGAUAAAGUAGAUCUACCUACUACCAGUAACACGGCCCUGAUAAAGUAAAGUAGAUCUACCUACUACCAGUAAACACGGCUCUGAUAAAGUAGAUCUACCUACUGCCAGUAACACGGCUCUGAUAAAGUAGAUCUACCUACUACCAGUAACACGGCUCUGAUAAAGUAGAUCUACCUACUGCCAGUAACACGGCCCUGAUAAAGUAGAUCUACCUACUACCAGUAACACGGCCCUGAUAAAGUAAAGUAGAUCUACCUACUACCAGUAACACGGCUCUGAUAAAGUAGAUCCACCUACUGCCAGUAACACGGCUCUGAUAAAGUAGAUCUACCUACUGCCAGUAACACGGCCCUGAUAAAGUAGAUCUACCUACUGUCAGUAACACGGCCCUUAUAAAGUAGAUCUACCUACUGCCAGUAAAACGGCCCUGAUAAAGUAGAUCUACCUACUACCAGUAACACGGCCCUGAUAAAGUAAAGUAGAUCUACCUACUACCAGUAACACGGCUCUGAUAAAGUAGAACUUCCUACUGCCAGUAACACGGCUCUGAUAAAGUAGAACUUCCUACUGCCAGUAACACGGCUCUGAUAAAGUAAAGUAGAUCUACCUACUGCCAGUAACACGGCUCUGAUAAAGUAGAUCUACCUACUGCAAGUAACCCGAGAUAAAGGGAAACAUGCAAAAAUUACAUUAGACCCCAUGCUCACUGUUUUACACUGCAAAAAUUUAAUUACUUUUUUUUUAAAGAGUUAAAUAUUAAGUGUAAAUGAUUUCAUGUCACAGACAGAUAUUCACGAAAGGAUAUCAAUAUCAUUCAUUCUGCGUACACAUAAUCAUUGGCACUAUGAAAGUUGAAAUGAUAAAGUAAAAUCCUGGGCUACCUUAUAGGCUCAUGUAUUCUUCAUGUGCUUCAAUCUUUUCCAGGGGCAUAGUCCUUCUUGAAAUGACACUGGGUGAGAUACCACCGGCAGUCAACGCUGCUGUCCGCCUCAAUGGAAGCAUUAAAAAGUUUGAACGGAUCGCGCUGGACAACUGUGGCUACCGUACGUACGGCUAGUUUUAUGAAGACACGUCAAACUGUGUCAUGUUUAGUCACCAAGAAGGACUUUAUGCACACAGGGCAAACCUCAUGCAUGCCUCCGUGUCCCGUUCUCCCAUCAUUUUCCUAAAUCUGAUAUCGGUUAAUCUGUUUACUUCGUCAUCCUUAUUGUAGUUGUGCGAUUUCGUUUAUCGUGAGUUGUGAGAUGUUGGUCGUUAUUAAAGAUGAUAUCAAAUGUUUCUUGAUACGUGUGUCCUGUGGAUUUGCAGGGGCGGAAGAAACGCCCCUUUCUCUUUCUGCGCCACCAAACGAUGGGAUUCUCUCCCAUUACACACCCGCAAUAUACCGACCAUCCCAGCCUUCAAAACUGCACACACGACCCAUCUCUUCAAACUCUACUCUGCCGACGUAUUCUCAACCUCGUUAGACCCAUAAGCAAUGCUCGAUGCUGCUGGGUGCCAUCCAUGGCUGCCCGCAGGGGGGGGGCGACAAGGGGGGCACUCCCCCCCCUGGAUUGAAUGGAUAAAAUUUUUUUAGACAAAAAUAGACAAAAAAUGUAUUAAAGUAAAGAGAAAAUAAAGAGAAAGUAACUAAGCUGAUGUCCUGUCCGUUCGUUCACCAUACAAAUACGCUACAGUAAAUUAAAACUAUAUUAAAACAUUACUAAACAUUUUUUGCCCCCCCCCCCCCGGGAAAGUUAAUAGAUUUUUUUAGCCCCCCCCCCCUAGAAAGUUUUCUACGGGCGCCCAUGAAAGUGUAAUAAUAUAAACUUAAAGUUACAGAGUAAUAAUCAAGUAACAUUAAAGAGAAAAUAAAAAGAAAGUAACUAAGCUAAUGUCCUGUCCGUUCGUUCACCAUACAAAUACGCUACAGUAAAUUAAAACUAUAUUAAAACAUUACUAAACAAUUUUUGCCCCCCCCCCUGGAAAGUUAAUCGAUUUUUUGCCCCCCCCCCCGGAAAGUUUUCUGCGGGCGCCCAUGGUGCCAUCCAUGGCUAGACAGGGGUUAAUAGUACUUGGGUGGGUGAGGUCAAUAUUUCUACACAGCUGUUUUUAAAUGAAUAAUUUUAUGUAACUCUUAAUGUCAUGUUUCUGUUUUUCUUUUUUUUUAAAUUCAUUUUCUUUUUGCUAAUUUUAAUGUGAAGCAUGGUGAGCCUCGCCCUAGGCAUGGGUACCGUGCUAUAUAAGACCAUACUAAUAAUGAUAAUUUUGGAGCAUGCAAAAUGCCUGGAUCAGGAGAUCCGCGUGUUCCAAGGAAAGUGUUUGGGAUGUGAAAAGGUUUAAUGAUAUGGCGCGCGUUGUUUGUGCUCCGUCGGGAAUUCACCGAGGCACAACCUACACAUCAUUAGAAGAAGGACGCACCGUGAUGCUUGCCCUGUGCAGGGACGCAUGACGCUGCCAGUGAACGCCCAUUCAGACACGGGUGUUCUCUUACAAAAGAUAUGUGGUCCCGGGUGUCGAAUUUCUGUGACUGCUCUUAAAGGUUCUUACAAUGCCACAUUGACGCCCCAUGACGUCACAUCCCGCCGAAUGCUGCAUCUCUGCUGGUUUCAAACGUAUCUGGCACUCGUUGGUGUUUGCGUGACGACUAAGACUUGUGUGAAUAGAGUGGUAGUCAGAGAAGCACUUUCCCCACCAACAAACAAAAGAAUAGUUGAUAAAAAAUGAAACGAAGAGGUGGUUUAUUGAUUUGUUUUGUGUCAGGAGUAAGUGGUUGAGCUGUCUUGAAGCUCUGUUCUAUGUUAUUCCAACAUACACUCAUGCGCUUUAAGGAUUUUUUAAAUAUAUAUUUACUGUGCCUAGGAGUAAAAUGUACCUCUUAGAACCUAAAAGUGUCGAUAUAUAAUCACUAAAAAACAAAGUAUCGCUUGAAGUGUCUUAAAGUCGUGUCCAAAAUGCAGUUGUCGGUUUUUUUUAAAUGUCGCCCAAUGACAUGUGUCUAUUUCAGAUAAGGUCACCCAAUUCCAAAGUGUCUAAUUCAGUUAACGUCACACAAUUCCAUGUGUCUUUUUUCAGAGCUGAGUAUAUUGAUUGACAAAAUCUUGCAGCCGCGCCCAUCUCAAAGACCCAGUGUCUGGGCUCUUUCACAGCACGCCUGGCUGUCUGACGGUACGGAAAUGGCGGGAGAGCUGAAGAAGCAUGCACGGAAGAAGGGCAUCAGACGGACAGACGGGUCGACAUUCCCAUUGGUUGGUUAACCCCUAAGCUACCAUGUUGAGGAAACGUUGGAGCAAGGUAUGUGGAAGCUUGAAAUCUAUCACCAAGACAGUGAAAGAAGAGCGUUUGGGCCUUGGAAGGCUGUUGGCCGAAACGCUCUGCUUUUCUUGUCGUGUUUAUGUUAUUUCAAGCUCCCACAUACCUGGUUCCGCUGUUUCUUGCGUCCUUCUCACAGCUGUACGCAGUCCUUCAUUCAUUAUCAGCUAUCCUUUUAGGGCAAGGUCCGACAACUUUUUAAGCUGUUGGCUGAAAAUCUAUUUUUUUGUCGUCGCCUUUAACACCCCCCACCCCCACGCCGUUGCAAAGGAAAUACGCCUUAGGCCAUUUAAAUACCAACAGCAGUUCUAAAUAAAUACAAAGUAUCAAAUAAAUGCGGUAAAUUAAAUUAAACAAGAACCUCAUUCUGUAAAUAAUCGAUUACUCUGAUAACAUCUCAAGUUUUUUUUAAAAAGAGAUUAUGUUGUUUCAAUUUUUUAAACAAAUUGGGCCUUUUUUUUUUUGCCGUCAGACAAUUUAGACUGUCUUUGGUGUCCCACUGUUUUAUUUGUAUGCUCAUUUGUGUAGAAAAAUAGUUGUUCACAAAGGUAGGCUGUUCCCAAAAGGUAGGCUGUUCACAAAGGUAGGCUGUUCACAAAGGUAGGAUGUUCACAAAGGUAGGCUGUUCACAAAGGUAGGCUCUUCACAAAGGUAGGCUGUUCACAAAGGUAGGCUGUUCACAAAUGUAGGCUGUUCACAAAGGUAGGCUGUUCACAAAGGUAGGCUGUUCACAAAGGUAGGCUGUUCACAAAGGUAGGCUGUUCACAAAGGUAAGCUGUUAAAAAAGUCGGCAACUUUUUUGACUGCCAUCUAAUGUGCCGUUGGGAAGCCUUUGCAGUUCUAGGCAAAUUUGAUCCUAAGCUCAAACAAUGGUCGACUGUGACGUAGGACGUAGCAAGGAGAGACGUGUGGUCAUUCUAGCUGUCGAGCCACCACUGGAUGUAGCAAGGAGAGACGUGCUGUCAUUCUAGCUGUCGAGCCACCACUGGAUGUAGCAAGGAGAGACGUGCUGUCAUUCUAGCUGUCGAGACACCACUGGAUGUAGCAAGGAGAGACGUGCUGUCAUUCUAGCUGUCGAGCCACCACUGGAUGUAGCAAGGAGAGACGUGCUGUCACUCUAGCUGUCGAGCCACCACUGGAUGUAGCAAGGAGAGACGUGCUGUCAUUCUAGCUGUCGAGCCACCACUGGAUGUAGCAAGGAGAGACGUGCUGUCAUUCUAGCUGUCGAGCCACCACUGGAUGUAGCAAGGAGAGACGUGCUGUCACUCUAGCUGUCGAGCCACCACUGGAUGUAGCAAGGAGAGACGUGCUGUCACUCUAGCUGUCGAGCCACCACUGGAUGUAGCAAGGAGAGACGUGCUGUCAUUCUAGCUGUCGAGCCACCACUGGAUGUAGCAAGGAGAGACGUGCUGUCAUUCUAGCUGUCGAGCCACCACUGGAUGUAGCAAGGAGAGACGUGCUGUCAUUCUAGCUGUCGAGCCACCACCUUGGGUUAUGUGGGAAAGACACUUUAUUUUCACGGAGAAAAGAGCGAGAACAUCGGUUCCACUUUCAUUUCAUUGGUUGCUGCCCCGGUUUGGAAAUUUGAACAUGGAUUGGAUGACCGUACCGUAAAUUAAAAUGAAACAAAUUAUUCACAUUAAAAUUAUAACAUAAAAAAGGCAGGCUGUUGAAUAGAAUUUAGAAACAGCACAGGUGAUUUUUUUUUAGGAAGACACCAGAAUUUAAGAAAUCUUCUUCUUCUUCUUUAUUUUGAGGGCCCAUGAUCAAUGAAUUGAGCAUUCUGGCUCCUAUGUUUCAGAGGGGUUCGCGAUGUUACUGGGCAUGUGUUUCAAAGGGAUACUUUCUCUGGUUGCAAGGGCUACUCAGCAGUGGUUUUAAGAAAUGGGGGUUGGAAUGCAGGAGGCAAUAGACACAAAUGUAUCGAGUGUAGCCGCCUCAACUGUUGCUUUUGGAAGCUUGUUCCAGUCCCCUAUUGUCUUCGGCAGGAAUGAGGAGCUCCUGUAAUUUGUUCUUGUUUUUACCAGCUGGAACUGUCUGUCGUGGCCUCGUCGCUGUCUAGGGGGAAGAUGAACGAGUUUCUGUUUGAUUCCUGAGCAGUGGACCAGCCCAUUUUUUAUCUUGUACAACAUGAUGAGCCUGGAUAGUCGUCGUCGUUCUUCCAAUGUAGACCAGCCCAGUGUUUCUAGUAUGCUGCCAACACUUGAGGUGUUUCUGUAGCGGUUCAGGACAAAGCGUGCUGCCCGUUGCUGGACCGCCUCCAACCUGUCGAUGCUUUUCUGGGUAAAUGGGUCCCAGAUUGUAGAAGCGUACUCUAAAAGAGUCCGGACAAAGACUUUAUAGGCUUUUUCUUUCACGCCUGAGUUGUCGAUCUCCAGAUUGCAUUUCUCGCAGCAUAAUCUUGAAUCCUGGUUAGAUUUGGCCUUCUGUAUUGCUUUUUUGUUUGUUUGUUGCAAGGGCCUAGUUUCGCGCACCUUCCUCCUUUUUUGACUCCUUCAUACACUGCUGUUUGACUCCUUCAUACACUGCUGUUUGACUCCUUCAUACACUGCUGUUUGACUCCUUCAUACACUGCUGUUUGACUCCUUCAUACACUGCUGUUUGACUCCUUCAUACACUGCUGUUUGACUCCUUCAUACACUGCUGUUUGACUCCUUCAUACACUGCUGUUUGACUCCUUCAUACACUGCUUUUCGCCAGCUGGAACGUUGCUCGGCGAUGAGAUCCCAUUCAUUGAUUUCUAUGUUGGCUUCCCUGAUGCUCCUUCUGCAAACGCCCAUAAAUCUCAGGCGUGGCCGUCCAAUAAAUCUUCUCCCUUCUGCCAACUCUCCAUACAGCAGAUUCUUUGGAAUACGGCCUUCCUCCAUUCCUUACAUGGAAUAAAUAUCGAAGGCGCCUUUUGUUAAGUGCGGAGAAUACGCUACAUAUUUUUGCACAUUCCAAGAACUCAGCCUUGGACACCUUGUCCUGCCAACGAAUGCGUAAAAUGCGACGCAGGCGUCUUUGAUGGAAGCUGUUGAGUUUCCGCUCAUGACAGGCAUAUGUGGUCCGAACUUUACUGCCAUAUAGGAGCAUACUAAGCACACAUGCCUGAUAGACGCUUAGUUGUUUUUUUUUUUUUUUACUAUCGGUUAGUUUAAGAUUAUUCCACACCAUCUAUGCAUAUAUUACUAAAUUAAUGUUUUUGUGUCUCUUUCCCAAAGCCCAAAAGAGUACAUAACCAAGACCCGCUUUCUAAGCUGUUGAGUUUCCGCUCAUGACAGGCAUAUGUGGUCCGAACUUUACUGCCAUAUAGGAGCAUACUAAGCACACAUGCCUGAUAGACGCUUAGUUGUUUUUUUUUUUUUUACUAUCGGUUAGUUUAAGAUUAUUCCACACCAUCUAUGCAUAUAUUACUAAAUUAAUGUUUCUGUGUCUCUUUCCCAAAGCCCAAAAGAGUACAGAACCAAGACCCGCUUUCCCGAGAAGCUUUUUAUGCGUACUCUGAGUCCGAUACUCCCCCACCGGACGAUAAGGCAUCAUUCAAUCCUGGCCUCAGCCCGCCUUACUCUGUCACCAACGAGGAACCAGUCCCACGUGACUCCAGCGAUGAGAAGGGUGACGGCGACUUCGGCAUUGUUCUGUGCGGGGUUAAGCAGUACUUCAACGCAGACGACGUCUACAAAUACGAGAAGUACGCCGCGAGGACGGUCACCCCAGGCGGAAGUGUUGAACACGUGCGCACCUCCCAGCUGAGUCCUGCACGUAAAGCCGAGCCCUGUGGGGCCGCGGUCAAAAACCAGGUGUUCAUCUUUAGGAGUGGCGGGAAAGCCAGCAGCAUCGGAUUUCUGUCUCGUCUGAUCGAGGGACUGGAUUGUGUGUCGUCGGGAACAGCCACAAAUGUUGACAACCGAAGGACUCACGAGUGUUCCAGUCCCGGUGUCUAUGAUGCGUUACCCGAAAGAGUCCAGGACGUGCACGGGAAACCGGUAGCCAGGAGCAAAGACAAAACGGCGGGCAAGAAAACGUACACGCAGUGGGAACCAGGAACUUCAUUUCAACAGACUUUGGCCGACACGGCAAAAAGCUGUUACUCAGAACCCAGUCCAAAGAAGCUAACCUGUUAUGGUGUAGCCCUGAGGCGGCUGGAAGAGAGCUCGGAACACUCUGGACCGGAAGAGUUGUGCGAAAGUGGGGGGAGCUGCAAGCGGUUUAGCGCGUACCUCAGUGACUUUGUGCUGGAGGACGACGACACGGCUCUCGAGGAACUGGAACAGCUGAUCAAAAAAGAGGAGCAGGUUUUUUGGAGAAACGAAAUGUUAAAGAAAGGGGCGAAAUGUGUUUAAAAACACCACUGUGCUUCGCUCCGCGUGAAGACGUACUAAACAGCCGAGCUUCUAGUGGACAGCUAUGCGUUGAUUCAACUUGUAAUUAUGGCUGGAGCCAGGGGCUAAGAUGGCUGUGUUUAAGGGACGUUUCCACUUAAAUAAAGUUAGCUUUAAGUUCAUCUUAAAAAAUGCUACUGGUGCAAUACGAACAAACGCAAAGGGCCAGAAGUGGAUCAAAUGAUAAGCUAGACGGAGUGUGAAGUGCCGAUGAUAGAUGUCGAAAAUCAAGGGUCAAUUUUGAUUCUUCAAAAAGCC